UAGGCUGCUAAUGUGACAGACUCCGUGGAUUCUCUCAUUGAGGGAGCUCGUUUUUCUGCUUGUAUCAAAAUAUUGGAGAGCUUUGGGAAGUCCAGGAUGGAAAGGCAGAUGUGAAGUCACUCAUGGCGAAGUUUAACGUGGGUAGCAGCCCUUCAGAGGAUGUUUCUGGUAACAUUCGACUCUCUAAAGUCACAGGACAACCAACCCAUUCAGGAUUACAAACAAGGAAAGCAGUAUUUGAGAAAUUUGCAAGUCAAGGAAAUGCAGCUUCUCCUUCAGGACCCAGUGUUUCUCAAAAACCUGCUCAUCCUAAGCCUCCUCUGGCAGUCAAGCCUUCAACCGAAGAUAAGACAGAGAAGGAUCCAAAGCCCCCAUAUUUGAAACCAAUUGGGCAAAGGUUUGGGGUUCACCUUCAGGCAACUAAUAGGGAAAGUGAUGGAAAAGCUGGAUACACUAAAACCCCUACUAAAAGCAGUGACUUGGCAAAAGAAGAACUGAAGUCUCUGUAUCCAAAACCUGCAGGGAACAAGCUUCUUAAUUCAGCUCCUCAAGAGAAGGAAAAAAGGCCUCUGGGAACAAAGCCAAAUUUUAAUUCUGAAGCACAAGAGAGUGAAGAAAAAGCAUCAUUUUCAAAAGUAGCUGGAGUUAAGGAAAAGUUCAUGUCUGCAACACAAGAAAAUGAUCCUAAGCCUUCUUUCUCCAAACCAGCUCUUGCACAGAAGCCUACUGUAAACCUUACAGUUUCCCACAACGAAGACACCUCAAGUAAAAAUGCUUUCCCACAUAAAGGUCUAGGAGGCCCUAGACCAAAUAUGCACUCAUUUAAAGCAACAAAGGAAAUGGAUGAAAAUAGUAAGUGCGCUGCAGAAACUGUAGGCAGUCAUUUUUCUAACAUGGCUCUGAAACCUACUGGCCACUGGCCCAGUGCAUCUCAAGGCACUCCCAAAAAUGCAGAGGAAAAGACUGAAGAAAAGGGAGUGAGUGCCUCCAGGAAUAUCUUUCUGAACAAAAUCAUCCAGGAAGAAUCUGGUUUAUCUCCUCCCAAGUUCCAUAAAACAAACACAGCGUUUGCUGCAGGAAAGUCGUUGGGUGAGUCAGAAGAGAAGGAUGACUGGGAUAGGAGCUCAGGAGCCCCGAAACGGAAGUCUUUGCCCCCGCUGUUCAAGCUGGGCCAGCCCCCACAGAAGCCCAGCCGACCACCCAGCGUGGACCUGGAAAGGUUCCAGAAGAGCAUCCCAAGAGACAGACCUAAGAAUGAAGGGUUUAAACAAAUGGCCCCUUCCCCAGCAGCAGCCUCCCCACCUGCACCACCUCCUCCACCAGCCUCUCACCCAUCCCUGCACACCCCUGCAGCUCCCAGCCUGCCGCCCAGAAAUGUCAAGCCCAGCUCUGAAACAAUAAAUCCAGACACUGAAGAAAAUUAUGAUGACGUUGAAUUUCUUUUACAGGGUAGGAUGGGUCCUGGAAAUAAAGAUGGGGACCAAGGAAGUGAUGGUGAGAUGUACGAGGACAUAAAUGACAUCAGAACAUCAAAGGAAAAAGAGAAGAAGUCGGAAAAGGAAGAAAAGAAAAGACUGGAUCAAGAAAAGAAAGAACAAAAGGAAAAAGAAAAGAAAGAGCAGGAAAUAAGGAAGAAGUUCAAAUUAACAGGACCCAUCCAAGUCCUUCAUCAGGCACGGGCUUGUGUUGACAGCAAGGGAGGAAAGAAUGAACUGACUGUCAAGCAGGGGGAUCAAAUUGAAAUCAUUCGUCUAACAGACAACCCAGAAGGAAAGUGGCUGGGCAGGAUAAAAGGAUGUUAUGGAUACAUUAAAACAACUGUAGUGGAAAUUGAUUAUGAUUCUUUAAAAACAAAGCAACAAGCUGUUGUGAAACAACCAGAGAUUGACCAAGAAGUAUAUGAUGAUGUUGGAGAGCAGGACAGUAUUAGCAGUCAGAAUGGUGGUCGAAAUGGAGCUGGAAAGAUGUUCCCACCUCCUCCUUCCGAUCAAGAAAUUUACGAUGGCGUUGAUGACACAGAUGCUGUUUCUAGGUCCGUAUCACAGGAUGAAGAUAAGAAUGAUAUCUGGUCCUGGGGAAUCUUGAAGAAACUAAAGGUCAAAGAUGUCAAAAAGAAAAGUGUACGAGAAAAAACAGCCAAAGUCAAUGGGGCAGAAGAUAAUGGAGAUUUGUUCAGGUCUCCUUCAACAAAGCAGUUUGGAAAAGAUUGUGGAGACAGUGAUGUUUAUGAUGAUGUAGAUUCCUCAGACUUCCCUCCUCCGCCGCCUGAAUUCAAUUUACCAAAAUCUAUGAGUCUUGGAAAAGGCAAAUCAGAUGAAAAGUAUCCACAAAAGCUUAAAAUGAUGGAAAGAGAAGAGAAAGAGUUCAGAAAAAAGUUCAAGUUUGAAGGUGAAAUCAAAGUUCUUUACUCAACGACCACUGUCCAGGAUUUGCCCCAGAAAAAGUGGGGAUCUAAAGACUUGCAGAUUAAACCAGGAGAGCUUCUUGAAGUUAUACAGAGUACAGAUGACACCAAGGUGCUGUGCAGGAAUGAAGAAGGAAAAUAUGGCUAUGUUCUGAGAAGCAAUUUAGUUGAGAAUGAUGGAGAAAUUUAUGAUGACAUUGGCGAAGCUGUGCCCAAAGAGGCCAGUUCAGGUCUACGAAGGAUACAAAGGACAACAAACCCUGUGAACAAGUUUUACUCUAGCUCCACUUUAAUGAACUCCAGCGACUGCCACUCUGGGUAUGACAGCAUCCUGUAAAGAUGCUUCCUUUGGGGAUAACAUCCUGUUGUGAAAACGGGAAAUCAAAAGUGGGCAUCAGACUAUGUACUGCUCACCUGUUUUUCCAACUGUAAAUGUGUUAGCUACACUGACAUGUACAGCCAUGUACCUUCGUUGUUAAAAUUUCUUUUUCUGUGUUGUGCUAGUGAUAGAUUACCAAUUUCUAAAAUUAUCUUUAUUUUGUAAGUACUUUUUGGCUGCCAUAACAUUAAUAGUAAAACAUUAAUUAUGUUAUGUUACAUACCACACUGAGAUAUAAACCAUAAAACAGUCUCCUUUAUAGUAGCGUUUCUUUGAAUAUCUUCAGAAUGCUUAGGUCAAGAUUUAAUUUCUUUGUAGUUUAAACAUAUAUUGCUGUCACUAUAAUAUUUUAGGCAUUAAAAUGGACCUACACACUUAUAAAUUGGUUGGAAAUAAUUUCUACAUUUAAAAAGUAUAUUUAUUGAUUCUACCUUUAUCUUUUAGGUAUUAUUUUUUUUUACAUAGGUAUAUAAAUCAGAUAUUUCCACGCUGAUCCAUUGUAGAAAUGGUAUUUAUUCCUAAAGUGGCCAUGGUAACUAGCAGAGCUUUCAUAUGAAUGAGGAGAUAGCAAAACAAUUCAAAAUGGAUGUGUGUACCAUAAUAAUGAUAAUCACUGUGGACUUGCUUAUGUAUCAGAACUCACUGGAAAUCGAAAGAAGUUUACAGUGAACUCCAGUAAAGAGGGUGAGCGAGUACAGAAAAUGGAAUCUAUUUGUACUGCGUGAUGCUUUUGCUGUUGUUUUGCAAGAUAAUAAAAAAUUUGUCAGAACUGUUGUGGCUAGAUCAGAAAGUCCUUCUUGAUAAUCAAGUCUCCACUAAUUCUCAAGAGCAGAAAUGAUAAUUACCUUCUUCAACACAGUCAAUGCAGCAAGCUGGUAAGUUUAGCUUCUAAACAUAAAGAAAUUUUGGCUCUGUUGAAGUCAGAAUUUUGGACUCACUUUCAGUGGAGCUGAGAUUUCAUCAUACACAAGUGCCUUUUACUGAUAAUUCUAAGUAUAUUAUAUCUCCAAAUAAGCAGAAUGCUAUGGUAGCAAACAUGACAUUAAUUGUAGGAAUAAUAUCUGCAUUUAAAAUCACUGGUAGUACGCAGAAAAGCUAUCAGCAAUCUCGAAUUUCCAGAUCUAAAUUUAUUGUUAAAACCAGAAUCCAGCCAUGCAAGCACCAAUUCUAUGUGUGAACAUCAGCACCGGUACUCAAAUUUAAAACAUGAUCUUUUAAAUUAAAUGAAAUGAAUGUGUCUUAGCUGUUGGUGCUUGAUUUAUUUUUUAUGGGGAUUUCUAAAAGGCACGUGCGCUGUGUAGGUAAUGUGACAGCAAACUGGAGCAAAUUCCAGUUUCAAACUUUAGACAUUCAGAAAUAACUCGACCACUAGUCAGUUAAAAAUAGGAUAAAAACUUUCAUGCUUUACUUAAUUAAUUGAAAUAAAGAGCUUGUGUUAAAUUUCAAAGUAUAUAUGCUCAAUCUUAUUUUGAUUUCAACUCAUCGUAGAUCUCAAUGCAUUGCAGUAGGAUCAACAAAGGAACUUUCCUUCUGUGCAUACUUUAUCUUGCAUUAAAGAACCUCAGUAAUACACAAACCUCUUUUGUUCCCCUGCACAGAUGUGAAUUUUACUAAGAUUUGUUGGUUAUGCAUUUGAAUAACUUUACCAUUUUCAUAACUUUGAUGUGAUGUAGGUACUGUUUCCUUGUUGACUCUGUACUGAUCUCAUGGGGCACUGGAUCAUUGUACGAAGUAAGAUACUUUAAACUAAAAAUUUAUGCAUUCUUUGAUAUAUAGUGUGAUUGGCAUGGGGUACUGAAGUGUAGUUAUAAGGUAUCAUACACUGAAAUCACAAUAAAUAUUUUCAUUUUGUUACUUUA